CCCUCGCGGCCUCGCCCCGCCCCCUCGCGGCCCCGCCCCGCCCUGUCCGGCAUGGCGGCGCUGCGGGCGCUGUUGGGGGCCGCGCUGGCCGCCGCGCUCGCCCCGGCCCCGGCCCCGGCCCGGGCCCUGGGGGCCGCCGCGGGCCCCGCCGCCGCCUCGGUGCUGCUGGAGCCGGGCUCCGGGCGGCUGCGCGUGGUGCCGGGCCGGCAGCCCGCCGCCGUCGCCUGGGCCAACCUCACCGACCACAUCGGCGCCGUGGGGUGGGCCUUCCUGGAGGUGGCCACCAACGCCGCCUACAACGACAGCCUGCAGGCCUACGCCGCCGGGCUGGCGGAGGCCGCCGUGUCCGAGCAGCUGAUCUACAUGCACUGGAUGAACACCAUGGUGGGCUACUGCGGCCCCUUCAAGUACGAGACCGACUACUGCGAGAAGCUCAAGAGCUACCUGGAGGCCAACCUGGCCUGGAUGGAGGAGCAGAUGGAGAAGGGUGAGGACCCCGAGUACUGGCACCAGGUGCGCUUGGCCCUGCUGCAGCUCAAGGGCCUGGAGGACAGCUACAACCGGCGCGUGGCCUUCCCCGGCGGCAGGUUCUCCGUCGCGCCCUUCGGCUUCCUGCUGCUGCAGCUGGGGGGUGACCUGGAGGACCUGGAAUCUGCCUUCAACAAGUCGGCCGCGCGGCCGCCCCUGGGCUCGGGCUCCUGCUCUGCCCUCCUGAAGCUGCUCCCGGGCAAUCGGGAUCUCCUGGUUGCCCACGACACCUGGACCUCCUACCAGUCCAUGCUGCGCGUCAUCAAGAAGUACACGCUGCCCUUCCGCACCUCGGCCCGCGGUAACACUCAGAUCGCAGGGAGCGUCCAGGUGUUCUCCUCCUACCCCGGCACCAUCUUCUCCGGAGAUGACUUCUACAUCCUGAGCAGCGGCUUGGUGAGCAGGAGCUGCUCCCGCGGGGCCCCUUCCCUUCCCCGCCCUGGCCCCGCUCACCUCCUGCCGCCGCAGGUAGCGCUGGAGACCACCAUCGGGAACAGCAACCCCGCGCUGUGGAAGUACAUCCGCCCGCAGGGCAGCGUCCUGGAGUGGCUGAGGAACAUCGUGGCCAACCGGCUCGCCCGGAGCGGCCCCGAGUGGGCUGCCGUCUUCCGGCAGUUCAACAGCGGCACGUACAACAACCAGUGGAUGGUGGUGGACUACAACGCCUUCUCGCCCGGGAAGGCCGGCCUCCAGCGAGGCGUGCUGACGGUGCUGGAGCAGAUCCCGGGCCUGGUGGUCGUGGCUGAUAAGACGGAGCUGCUCUACCAGCAGGGCUACUGGGCCAGUUACAACGUGCCGUACUUCGAGGAGAUCUUUAACGCCAGUGGGAACCUGGAGCUGGUGAAGAAAUACGGCGACUGGUUCACCUACGACAGAAAUCCCCGCGCCCGCAUCUUCCGGCGCAACCAGACGCUGGUGCGCGACAUGGACGACAUGGUCCGCCUGAUGAGGUUCAACAACUACCUGCGGGACCCGCUGUCGCGGUGCCAGGGCUGCGACCCCCCCCAGAACGCCGAGAACGCCAUCUCCGCCCGCUCGGACCUCAACCCGGCCAACGGGACCUACCCCUUCGCGGCGCUGCGCCAGCGCUCCCACGGCGGCACCGACAUGAAGAUCACGUCCUUCAGCAUGGCCCCCGCCUACCGGCUCGUGGCGGCCAGCGGGCCCACGUGGGACGACGUGCCCCCCUUCCAGUGGAGCACGUCCCCCUACAGCAACCUGCUGCACAUGGGCCACCCCGACCUCUGGAAGUUCCCCCCCGUCCAGGUCCGCUGGGACUGAGCUGCGGCCGCGGGGCCGCUUCCCUGGCAUCUUCGCCGCCCGCGUCCCGGGACGAGGGGCUGCCUGUGCCCGCGCGGGGCCCCUGCCGGGGGGGGGGGCAGCUCCCCGGCGCCGGCCGAUGCUCGCGGCGAUAACGGUUUGCUGAUGGGCUUUGGCGUGGGGGGUGGAAAUGGGGGUGCAGGGGGGCACCCGACCUGCCCACCCGUCCUGCGGCCCCCCGCGUUUGCCAGCUGCUGCUUUGCCCCCUCCCUCCUGCGCCCCGGCCCCGGAGGGGGUGCGGGGUGGAGCCGGGGGUGCCCGUGGGUCUGCUCCCCCCGGCGUCGCCCCACGGCGCGGGGGCUUCGACCCCAUCCUGACCGUCCGCAGACAUUUCCCCGGCCGGGCGGCUCUCCCCUGUGCACACCCCAUGGCUUGUCCCCCGGCGCUCGAUGCUGGCCCCCCCUUCCCCUCUCUUCCCCCCGAAAACGGGGGUCCCCGGGAGGUUGGGGUCCACUCCGUGGUGUGUACGGUGGCUGGGACCGCGACGUCCCACGCUCUCGGAGAGGAGGGGAGAGAACUGGUUUGGUUUUGACAAAUAAAAUGAUCUGUGAGCUGCAAAGUGA